AACCAAUAUCCGAACAACCGUGAGAGGGACUUAAAUUCCGACUCGUCCAACCUGGCAGUGUGAACAGUUGAAAAUGCCGCCGCCGAGGGGCCCCAGAAUUCCUGCCUGUGAGCCGUGCAGGCGUUCGAAGCUCUCUUGCGAUCACGGGAGACCAGCCUGCAGCCGCUGUCUCGUCAACGACAAGCCUUCUCAGUGCGUGUAUCGAACUCCCCUGGGCUCUCGGAAACGAUGGCGAGUUACGCCAAAUCUCUCCACUCGUGGCGAGCCUCGUACUCCCGUCACGGUGGCUUCCACCACACUUGUCGCUGCUACCAGCCCUCCUGCAUCUCCCAUUCAUGCCAGGCCUAGUUAUCCAAAUCCAGGCUAUCUCGGCGCAUCAAGCCAUGCUGCCAUCUUCAGCCAGCUAUCUCCAGAUGAGGUCCCAGCCCGGUAUUUGAGCCCUCUACCAUAUGACGCAACCCAGGAGUUGUCACUUGGAUUCGAAGAUGAGGUUCAUGUUAGCAAGGUGGCAGACUGCAUGACACAGUUGCUGGCCUCAUUCUCAGCGGCCGCUUUCAAAGAUUUGAUUUCAUUCUGGCGCGCAACUGGGGCCAAUCUUGCUCUCGCUGAACCUCUGGUGGACAUAUGCCUUGUUGCUCUAGACAACCUCCAUUCUUUAUCCACUCAACCAGGGAGAAAUAGGUAUUUAUGUUAUGCCAGGCUACUCAUCCAAAAUUCAAGACACCCUUUGCUCGUAGAGCCACCCCUGGAUGUACACGAGUUUUGCUUACAGUUCUUGGGCUCCAAUGCACGUCUGGAGACUCUAGGUCUUCUCAUCUGUGCCGUUAUCCGAGCGUCAUCAGAGGUUUAUCCUUUCCCGCCACUGUAUCUAGAUGGCACCCGUCGACAAGAACUCAUGUCUUUGGCCGUCAAGUUGACUGACACUGCCGUCGAAGCAAUCCUUUCACUUGACAAACUCAACGACCUACAGUUGGUUUUUCAGUACGAGAACUUCAUCUCCUACUCGUACGUCUUUGGAAUUCAGUCAUAUUACUCAUAUCGCAAACUGGGCGACGUCAUCACUUCAAUCGCAACGCUCGGUUAUCACGAGAAGUUGGCGGCCAUGAAUGAAUUGCCCGAAUUUCUUAUCAAUAUCCGUAGGACCGCUCUGGCACGGACCUACUCGGCCGACAAGAACUGGGCAAUAUUUCUUGGACGUCCCCCGCGACUCGGAAAGAAGUUUUGCCGCCUCAACGCCAUAUUGAGAUGGUCAGUCAAUACUGAAGUGGAGGCGAAUUCGUCCUUUGGGCAUUUCCGUGACAUUUUGCAAUGGCCUGCUGACUCUAAAAUGUCUGCUUGGGCUGAAACUCGCUGGACUGCGACUUGCGCCUCCUUGAAGGAAGAAAUACUGGAUAUUUUCAGCGAAGAGAUCAAGGAAAAUUUGAGUGGAAGAGUUUGUGGCCUUCGGGAGAGGGCUGAGCAACAGUGGGCUUCGCUGCCAGAGAGCUUUCGUAUGAAGGGGAGCUUGAAGAAUCAUGAUGAGGGAGCUUGGGAAAGGGAUUUUCUCGUCAGCACAAGGCUUGGAUACCUCCAUGUCUUGUUUCUUCUCCGUCUUCUAUGUGUAAGGUCACCAGCCAACCCUGAUCCUGAAUUUGUGACAAUAUCUCAGGAGAUCCUCUCAUUAGUGGUUGAAGUGAUUGUCCUUAGGGACCAGUUGGUGUGUUCAACGGGGACAAGCUUUGAGUGGAGGCUGGCACACUACGGCCUUCCAGCAAUAGGGAUCAUAAUGAUAGCCAUGCUCAGAGGGCGGAAUCUGUGCGAUGCCCUCCAGGAUGCCCAGACUAUCCGUGACCUCGGGAUCGUAGUCACUGAAGUCGACCUUGGCACAAUCGUUCGACCCAUGGAGUCAAACUACGCAUUGCUAUCGAGGGCUGUGGAUACUAUCAAGAAGUUUUUGAUACGAUUUCAUGCUCAAGAUAGGCAGGCCGGUCUACCUCAAAGUACAGGUAUUUCGGCAACAAUACCGGAUGACAAUAUUUGGGAUUUUCAAUCGCACUUAGAACCGUGGGAUUUUGAGAUAAACUUUUGGGAUACCCUGGCUGAGCAUCCAUCUAUGUUCAGCGCUGAGACGGAAUGAUAUGUCACCAUGGCCGAACACAGAUCAUAUAUGUGGCGGUUGAAGCGUACUAUGUAUUGAUUAAUUAGUUAUGAUCCACACCGUUUCCCGCUAUUUGGCAUAUAAAUUUGUCUUGAGACCUUUAAGUCGGCCGUUCUUUGUCCGCCCUUAUGCUG